AUGGGUGAUGCUGUGGCCAGGGCCCUUUCGAAGCAGCAGAAGACGCUGAAGCGUAUGGGCUUUGACCCCGCCCGUCCCGGGGAUGGGGUCAUACGGAACAAGCUCGGUAUGCCAGUGAUGGAGAAGGGCAUGCGGGUGGCCUUUCCUGGUAUACGUCUCCUCAACCCCAUCCUCAACAUAGUAGCAUUCGCUCGAGGGGAGCGGUCGGAAGGCCCUCUCGACCUCAGGCAAAUGCGCAGCGGUAGCAAAAUGCUCUGGAGGUAUAUGGCCUUAAGGAGAUCUCUGAAUAGGGCUACUGAGGAGAAGGAGUUGAAGCAGAGGUACUUAGCCUUUAUGCGGCACGUCGAGAAGGCCCAGGCAGUAUCCAAUCCGGCUAUCUCUGGAGGUCGGUACAUGCGGCUCUGGUCCAGCUGGAUGAUUUCUAACUCCUGCGAUGUGAGUAGGAAACUCUUCCGAGCCGGUAGGUUGGGCAAGGAGGAGCUCGGUCACUUCAGUGGUACACGUUUAUUGGAGUUGCUCUUGGCGGAGAAGUCUAAAGGGCAUGCAAAGAAGCUGUUAAAGGCGAUGGCUAAGGGCCAUAAGGUGGUAUAUAAGAAAAUGAAGGGGGAGAGGAACUACUUCAAGAAGAAAGAUCUCGUGGGCCUCACUGAGGACGCGAUGCGGCAUUUCUAUGAGAACGAGGCUUACGACAAGAGCAUACUGGCCGUAUUGCAGUCUCGGAAGAGGGUCGCGGAAUCCCUUGGGUUUGCCAGCUGGGGAGAGAUGGAGAAUGCCCAGUUGGGGAUAUGUUCAACGAUUGCUAGUUACACAACGAUGCUCAUUUGA